CUUGGAUUACUUGACGUUUGUCUACAACUCAUCUAUCGCUUUGUACUGCAAGUAAGAGGUCUUGCUCUUUGUCUUGCCUCCAUACCACAAAGGCAACUUGGUUGCGUACACCAACUACCAUUCGAAACAACCACCUCAUACCUCCACAACCAUGCGUCCCACAGCCCUCAUCCCAGCACUAUGCUGCGCAGCAGCCCUCGUCCUCUCCUUCCUGUGCCUCUUCGCCGGCCACAAGAAGGGCUUCAUGGAAGACUACCACCUUCUCACGCUCAACACGUCCAUGAUUGGCGAAACCCUCGUCAAUGAAACGCGAUCCACGGACACCUCGAACCCGCUCACCAAUCUGCUCAACGGGAUCCAAAACUACGGCAGCACCACCAUCAACGACGCCAUCGGCGAAGUCACCCAAAGACUCGGCAUUGAAGACUUCUACUCCGCGCACAUGCUCAACUACUGCGAGGGCCAGUAUACACCUGCCGAGGCCGCCAACGCGACGGUCAGCCAGGACGAGAUUAGCAAGAACGUGACCGAGUGUUCAAGGAACAGGGCGAUGUAUAAAUUUGACCCGACCGCGAUCCUCGAGGAAGCGCUCAACAAAACCACCGGGCUCGACGUCACGCUCGACGACCUGAACUGGCCCGAGGAUGUCGAGACAGGCAUCAAGACAUUGAACGCGCUGAUGGGCGCCAUGUUUGUGCUGUACUGCAUUGCCAUCGCGUUCAUCUUCAUUGCGCUUUUCGCUGCGGUUGUGGCCGUCCUGCUAUCCGGACGACUGUCAGCAUGCGUCAACUUCUUGAUCUCGGUACUCGCGUUCCUCGCCAUAGGACUCGCCAGCGCACUCGUCACAGCUGUAAUCGUCAAGGCGAGCCAUAUCAUCAACGAUAAGGGCAACGACAUCGGACUGCAGGCCAACUGGGGCGGCAAGUUCCUUGCGCUUACGUGGGCGGCGACGGGGCUUAUGCUCGUUGUUGUGUUGACGUGGGUUGUGGAGUUUUGUAUUGGGAGGAGGCACAGCAAGCAGCCGACAUAUGCGAAGCACGGCUAAGCUGGGCUAUUGAGUGGAGUAGAGGAAGUUGGAAUGUGGAUGAUGAUGUGUUUCCUUUGUUGUGUCCAAGUUGUA